GUUCUAUAUACCUACAAACUUCUGCUGGAAUGACUGGCUUAAAUUCGGCAGUAUCUCUACACACUUUUAUAACCGAGGGAAAAAUAUGUGUUUAAACUGAGCCAUAGAGAUUCCUGUCCUACUCAGAUGAAGUGUUUCAGUUUUACAGACAUUUAAGAAAUGAAUGAGUGUUACACUAACUGACUGCAACCAAAUCCUUUGCGUGUUAUCCUUCGGCUCCAUGUAAUUUUGUUUAAUUAAUGGAUUUCUGAAGUCUGCAGUCUAUUUGAGCCUGGAGCAGAGAAUGAGGAGGAGCUGAGGAAAAUACACGAAGCAUACAAAAACUUAGUAGAUUUUAUGUUGGGUAGUUACAUGGAAGACCUCCGAAUAACGCCAGAAGAAUUCGAAAAAUCUUGUUCGGUUGCAUCUAAAAAGGCUUUAAACCAAUUCCACCAGAGCUUGUUUCAACAAGUAUGGGCUGCAGAUGAUUUUGAAAUAUUUAAAAGAAUGAUGACUCAGAAGAAUCUUGAACUCCAACUCCAGGCACUUGAAUUCUUGACUCAGAAACGUGGAUCAGUUCCGAACUGCAUGGAGCCGAAUAACCCAGCGAAAGAUGACGAAAAAGCAAUGGACGAAAUCAUCAAAAAAGCUAUAGAGGAUGUCAAAGAGUCCCCAGAUGCUGAAUCUAAUAAAGUGACUCCGGCAGAUGCUGCUUUGCAAGAAAAGAUGAAACUGGAAGCUCAAAAAGAGAAAGAACUUUUAGAGCAGGCAAUGAAACAAGCUGUGAAAGAAUCGGUGCAAGAAAAAAAUUCUGAAUCGCCAUUAAAAUCAGUUGAAACUAUCACUGAAAAUAAACCAGUUAUAGAAAAUGGAAAACAUGAAGACUCAAAAGAAGAACCCGAGGAGGAAAUUAAUUCUGAAGAUCCUUCAAGUCCUACUCAAACGGAAGAAAACUCGGAGAAACCUACAGAAGAAAGUAACAUUGGAAAUCCGGAAGACACCAAUAGUUUUUUAGCAAAUUCAAAAUUAUCUGCUUCUGAUAAUCUUCCAUCUGGUGAUCCUAACCCACCUAAGACACUACCGCCAUUGAAGACAUACGAUGAUCGACCUUGGUCAGAAGGCGAUUCUACAGUGUACGUCCAAGCGCAGGCAGCGGUAUCUCCUUUGGAACUAGAACGUCGACAGAACUAUUUACGUCAACAAAGAGAUAGAAUUUUAGCCAUGAAACGCCAAGAACGUGCUCGCAGACUGUCCCAGAACGAAGAAGUGAUUGCCCAAGCCAGACCCAAAUCUGCACGAGCUGCACGAAAGAUAUUACGCGAAGAAAGUACUGACGUCGACCCUCAGACAUUAGCCUUCAGGAAAUCUCUGGCAGCUAAGCUCAGAAGUGAAGUAAUAGAUAAAGUGGACUGAAGAGAAAAUCAGAAAAAAAUCAGCUGCUGUUGCCUUUACUAUCUUCCAUAAAGAUUUCUGUAUAAUGCAAUCUUCCACCACAGUAUAAAUUUCAGCCAGUUUGGCAACUCCAGAAUUAUCGUCUGCUUCUUUAGACAGGAUUACGUCACUAGAUACUUUUCAUAAUAAAAAUUGCAAUUAAAUGAU